AAACAACAAGCAGCUGUAUUUAAAUUUAAUUAGACGAAUGUUUAGUUAACAAUUUUAUGGGAUGCUGUACAAAGAAACGGGAAAAAUUGAUAAGAACCUGUCACCGACAGACCAAAGGAAUAUACAUAUGUAUGUGCGUGUGUGUGUAUAUAGUGCGUGCGUGUGUGUAUAACAAAAGAAGAUUCUCACGUGUCCUUUGAGCAAAAAAAAAAAAAAUUAUAAGAAAAGUGAAAAGCACAAAAGGAAAAAAGGACUUUUGGCAGAAAAGUGUGAAUAAUCGUGCAGUAAAAGGACGCAGGAUUAGUCAUCGACGGCGGCAAAGCAUCCCGUCCUGCACUUGUAUGCGUACAUACGUAUAUGUAUGUAUGUAUGUAUGUAGGUGUGCGCGUUUGUGUGUUUUGAGCGCGUGUUUGUAUGUGUCUAUUUUUAAAGUGCUGCCGGUUUUUGCACAACAACAACAACUUGUUUCCCAUGCGUAUUUAACCCUUCGUAAACACACACACACUUACACUUCGACACUUAUAAGGGAUAAAAAUGGAGCGUAAAUUUACGCGGGGCUUGAAUAAGCACAGCUCUGCUGUCCAAAUGAGAGAGAGUGUCUCUCAGCUGGUGCGUGAGAGCGCAGUUUUGAUGAAGUCCACUGGCAGCUAUCAAGAGCAACGCAGCUUUUCGACUAUGAGUAAACCUCCAGUGGUGGAGCCAAUAGAUUUUGAGGCAUUUAUAGCCAAAAAUAAAACAGUCAUCCAGAAUGAUCCGCAACGGGAAUUGCUUAUUUAUCCAACUGAUGAUGUUUCGGAGAUCAUUAUGCCUCGCAAGCAACGCACAAAUGUCAAAUCGGUUGCCGAUCGAUUUGAGCCACCCAAUGAGGCGAUUGUUUGUCCCCUACAUGGACCCGCCGCUAACUUGAUGGCCUCCAAUAAUGGACACACACAAGUGAGUCGUCAGGGCAGCAUUCAAUCGAAUGGAAGUCUACAGAAUGGCAGCAUUUCGAAUGGUGGAACCAAUGGGACAAAUGGAACUCCCUCGGGAAAUGGUCAUGGUCAGCUCUCACGCAAGAGUAGCCAAUGCUCGAAUGGUUCAAGCAGUCAAAAACUCUCACAGGAAUCGUCUUAUGAAUCUGCCUUAUCAUCCACCACAUUGCGUUCCCACUUGGCCCAGCCGGAAGAAAUCGAAGAAUUCGCCGAUGAUGAUGCAUGCGGGGAAGAUCAAUUGGAUGGUUAUGUACAGGGUAGCAAAGCAGAAUGCACAAGAUUCACACGACAAGCUCUAUACACCUAUAGAGCCAAGAAUCACUUGAUUCAUUAUAAAUAUAGUGCUUAUGGUGGCAAUUGUCACGAUUUACCAAGCAUCUCGCCUGCUGAGGAACUUCUGGAAGAAGUCUAUGAAAUAGAUGCCGAUCAGGAUCGCAUAGAUGAACAGAUGACACGUUCUCAAGCGGAUAGUAUCACCAAACAGGGCUAUUUACUCAAAGGUCCAGAUUCAGCAGCGGAUCGCAUGUUCGCCAAUAUAGGGAAUAAAUCUUUCAAGCGACGCUACUGUUACUUGCGUCAAGAGAUCGAUGGGACUUACAUGUUAGAGUUGCACAAAGAUGAGAAACAGGGCGAAGCUAAGGCCACCAUUGUGAUGGAUUUCUGCACUGAGGUGGUGCAGAAUCCCAAACGUGGACGUUUUUGCUUUGAGUUGCGCAUGACAGCGGGACAUAAAUCCUUUACAUUGGCCGCUGAGAAUGAGCAAGACUUUAAGGAUUGGCUAAGUAAAUUAUCCUCGGUUUUGGCCCAAAAUAAGGCUCAGGAGGAGAAGAGAAAUGCAUCACUGGAACGUCAACCCCAGACACAACCUCCAAGCGCCAACACGAGCAUAGAACCAAUUACUUUUGGCACUCUCAAGGGUUUGGACCAAUCAUUGCAUCCACAGUUGAUGAAAUAUGGCCGGGAGACAGAUCAUUCCAUAGCUCUGGCUAGAAGAGAGCAACGUCGUCGUCUUUUUGCCUGCUAUCAGAGUCCUGUGAAAGCAAGUCCCGGCGAGAAUCUAGAGCAAUAUCGUGAACACUUUGGCACGAGAAUCCUGCUUAGUUGUCAUAGCCUAAAAUUUCGCUUACAGUGUCUGCCAACAGACUCUGUACCAGAUGGAGCUACCGGGGAACAGCUGUGCCAAGUUGAGCCCUAUAUAACCAGUCUUGCACUGUACGAUGCCAAAGCAGGGCGUAAAAUAAGUGAAAAUUUCUACUUUAAUAUUAAUGAUCCGGCUGCGGGUCAACUUCUGCCCAAUACUCCAGUGCCAGCCUCAGUAGCGGGGUGUGGAGUGCCAAGGAAAUCAUCGACAGAAGGCGACGAGAGACGUGCCGCCGCGUCAUCACAAUCUCCUCAUUCCCUUUUCGAUGGUGUCUCCUCGGAUCUGUUGCGUUGCCCACGCUCCCAACUUCAGAAAUUGCAUCAAUGCUUGCUCUCCAUAAGUGCGCCGCAUUCGGAUAUCUUUUUGGUUCUCAGAAUAGAGAAAAUCCUGCAGUGCAGCAUACAGCAGGCAGCAGAACCUUAUGUUAAAGCAGCUCGUGAUUCAAAACUGGGACAAAAGUGCCAUAAAGCUGCGAAGAAUUGUGCCCAGCAUAUUGGACACUAUCGUCAGCCAUUCGCCUGGGCAGCUCGUGCCCUGUUCAAGCCCUACAGUCACGAACUGGAUGUGGAACCACAUAAGGAAUUUGAAUUCUCUACCAUUUACCGUCAAGAGUUGCCUAAACUGCGGGACGAUGAAUUGUUGAAGCUUUUGCUUGACUAUCGCAAGCCGGAGAAGUUUAGUAAAUUCACCGUUAUACCUGGUUUAAUGAAGAUGCAAAUCCAAUUGGUGGAUCAGUCGCCUGUGCCGUGUAGUCUUAGUAAGUCAUUGAAUCCUCUGGCCAAUUUUAAUCCUGCCUCAAAGCAAAGUCUCACACUGGAAUUGGCUGAAUUCCAAACACAAAACGAACGUGAAGCCUAUCCCUAUACGAGUUUCUGUAAUCAUCUCUAUGUCUAUCCAUUGAGUUUGCAAUUCGAUAGUCAAAAAUUGUUCUCGAGAGCCAGAAAUAUAACCGUCGUAGUGGAGUUACGUGAUGGCGAUGGCGAGUACAGUAAACCCUUGAAGUGCAUCUACGGUCGGCCCGGACAAGAUUUGCUCGUCUCGCAAAUUGCCUGCCCUGUGCUGCAUCACAAUGUCUCACCCACUUGGUAUGAGGAAAUCAAAUUGCGUCUGCCUUUGGGUCUAUUUCCGGAGCAUCAUUUGCUCUUCUCCUUCUAUCAUGUUUCGUGUAAUUUGAGCAAGAAACGCGACAGUCAUGCGGCGUUCGAGACACCCAUUGGCUAUGCCUGGUUGCCAUUGCUGCAAAAGAAUCGCGUCUGCCUGGAGGAGCAACAGUUGCCAGUGGCGGCCACUUUGCCAGUGGGUUAUCUAUCUAUUCAGCCCUUGGGCUGGGGCAAAGGGCAGAAUUGCGGACCGGAUAUACAAUGGAUCGAUAAUCAGAGACCUCUGUAUCUGGUGGCCCUGCGAUUAGACUCCACGGUACUGACAGCGGAUCAACAUUUGCACAAUUUCUUUGCCCAUUGUGAACGUCUGUUGGAGGGCGGCAAGACUGGAGCUUUGCCCGCCGAAACGGAAACCUGCAAAAUCCUAAAGGCCACCCAUGCCAUUGACAUGAAAUCUUUGAUUAACUAUCUUCCCACGCUACUGAAUGAGCUAUUUACGCUAUUGGUGCAUACCCAAUCCGAGGAGAUUGGCCAAAAUGUCAUACGUCUGUUGACCAACAUUAUCCAUUUGAUUACGGAUCAGGCCAAGAGAACCGAUUUGCUUAUGUCGUAUGUUAAAUAUGUAUUCCAUGCCCCCUAUUAUAGUCAACAGACGGCCAGAAUGCGUACGGUUCAUGGUGAAUUGUGUCGCCAUUUGCCAUAUCUUUUGAAUCCCAACAAUACGGAUUUCCUGAUUGUCAACAAAUUCAUGCGCUAUUCGUCGAUAUUUUUUGAUUUGAUUGUGAAGAGCAUGGCGCAGCAUUUGUUGGCCACGGGACGGAUACGUAUGCUGCGAAACGAACGCUUUCCCAAGGAAUACUCCGAUCGGGUGGAGCAAUUGAUUAAGGUACUGAUACCCUAUAUAAUCACACGAUAUGAGGAUCUGGGCGAGGAGACGCAACAAUUGAACAAGUCAUUGGCUCGUUUUGUGCGUCAAUGUUUGACUUAUAUGGAUCGAGGAUUUAUAUUCAAACUCAUACGCUGCUACAUGGAUGAGUUCUCGCCUGGAAAUCCUAGGAUUCUGCAUGAAUAUAAAUUCAAUUUCCUGAAAGAGAUUUGCCAGCAUGAGCACUAUGUUCCAUUGAAUCUUCCGUUUAUAUUGAAUCCAAAGAAUCGUCCACCCGAAAUGAUGCAACAUUUCACAUUGUCGGAACAGUUUUGCCGCCAGCACUUCCUGUCGGGCUUACUGCUGCAAGAGCUGAAGAGCAGCCUCAAUGAGGUGGGACACGUUAGACGCCAUGCCUUGGCCAUUUUCAAGGAUCUGCUGGCCAAACAUGAGCUAGAUUCACGCUAUCAACAGCGGGGACAACUCUCACGCAUAGCUCUGCUCUAUGUGCCAUGGCUAGGAAUUGUCAUGGACAAUUUGCAUCGCAUCGAUGAUCUGUCCGAAUCGGGCGGAGCUGCUUCCACGCCCAAUGGACAUGUCUAUGCAGACUCUGCAUCGUAUACCAAACGUUUGAGUUGUUCCAGCAGUUAUGUCUUCAGUAAGGAUUCAUCCACAUUUGGUUCUCUCACCUCGACGCCGAGAUCAAAGAAUCGUUUGACUAGUCCCUAUCGGACUUCGCUGCACAUGAAGGACAAUAACUAUUUGGCUGCCAUUGCGGGUCAGGCCAUAACCAAUGGCAUAUCAAAUUUAUCCCUCAAUUCCAACUCGGACUCCGGGCAUUCCCAAGACACAACGACCAUUGGCGCCUAUACAAAUGGUGGCGAAUCGGAUGUGGCUCUGCGAAAUGGGCACAAUCGCUCGGUUAGCGUCACCCAUGCUCAGGUUUUCUCACGCUGCGAUAAAUUCAGUGCUGGCGAGAGCAAGGACUUACUGCUCGGCUUCCUGUUUAUCGUUAAACACUUGUCUCAGGAUCAAAUGGUGGGCUGGUGGCAGAAUUGCAAUGAAACGGAAACUCUGCAAUUUCUCUCCAUUCUGGAUCUGUGUCUCUUGCAAUUCCGUUAUGUGGGCAAAAAGAAUGUGUCACUUACGCCGGAUGCUCGUUUGGGCAGAUCCGCCAAAGCUAAUACUUUGCCAGCUCGCACUGCUCCUCCCUGCGCGGAGAACGGUCAGGAACAGACAAAUGGUCUGGGAGGAGGCACUCUGAAUCAAACUAGAGAGAAUCUACUGGAGGAUAUGGACAUUUUGGCUAAAAGUCAAUUGGCCUUAUAUGAAUCCAAUUUGGCCACUGAGGUGGGCAUGAUAAUUUUAGAUUGCCUGGGCAUGUAUGUCCUGCAAUUUCGUCAACUUCUCACGGAUAGCCUUGUCCUGCCCAAGUUGGCUCGUGUAUAUUUGCGUUUCCUGCAACUGGGACAAUCCGAGAGAUUGUCAAAACACGUAUUCGCCGCUUUGAGAGCCUUCAUCAACAACUAUGCCGUGGCUCUGUUCAAGGGAAAUGCCAUGUUAUGUGGCCAAAUGGUCUACGAGUUACUCAAAGCCUGCGACAGUCGCCUGGUGGACAUUCGCCAUGAGUCCUGCGCCGUCUUGUAUUUGCUUAUGCGCAGCAAUUUUGAAUUUAGUGGGCGCAAAGCCCUCACCCGCGUCCAUUUGCAGGUUAUCAUUUCGGUCUCGCAAAUGAUUGGCAACGUUAUUGGCCUCAAUAAUGCCCGAUUCCAGGAGAGUUUGUCGAUAAUCAACAGUUAUGCCAAUAGUGAUAAGGCCAUGAAGGGCACAGGAUUCCCACUGGAGGUCAAGGAUCUCACUAGGCGAGUGCGCACGGUGCUAAUGGCUACCGCUCAAAUGCAAGCCCAUCACAUGGAUCCGGAACGUUUGCUGGAAUUGCAAUAUUCACUAGCCAAUUCAUAUGCUUCCACUCCAGAGCUGCGUCACACCUGGCUAGUCACCAUGGCUCGAAAUCAUGAGCAGAAUGGCAAUCUGUCUGAGGCAGCCUGCUGUCAUCUUCAUAUUGCCGCCCUUAUGUGUGAAUAUCUACGCCUACGAGGCGGCUGCUCCCUCAACUGGUCUUCCACGGCUUUUAAGAAAAUAUCGCGUAAUAUUCCCCUAGACGAACAGGGUCUCAAAUUGGAUGCCGGUGCCCAGGACUCUCAGUAUACAGAGCAAAUGUUGCUGGAGCAAUUGAAACAAUGCGCCGACUUUUUAGAUCGUGCCGAACGCUUCGAGUGUUUGGGUGAACUGUAUAAGCUGAUUUUACCCAUCUACGAGAGGGCCAGAAACUUUAUUGAGUUGGCCCAUUGUUAUGAGCACUUGACCCAAGCCUACAACAAAAUCGUUGAAGUGAAUCGCUCCGGCAAACGAAUGCUCGGUCGUUUCUACCGCGUGGUCUUCUAUGGCAUGAUGUACUUUGAAGAGGAUCAUGCCAUUGAAUUUGUCUACAAGGAACCGAAACUCACCUCGCUAAGUGAAAUAUCCGAACGUCUGGCCAAGCAAUACAAAGAGAAAUUCGGCGCCGAUGUUGUUAAACUUAUAAUGGAUUCAUCGCCAGUAAAAGUUGAAGAACUGGAUGCCAAAUUGGCUUAUAUACAGGUGACUCAUGUCAUACCCUUCUUCUCCAAGGAUGAGUUGGAUCAGAGGCUCAAUGAAUUUGAGCAAAAUCACGAUGUGGAUACAUUUAUGUAUGAGACACCAUUCACCAAAUCGGGUGCAGCACGUGGCAAUGUGGAAGAUCAAUGGAAACGCAAAACCGUCAUUAAGACGCAAUAUUCAUUUCCUUAUGUAUUGAAGCGCAUUCCUGUUAAGUCGCGCGAAAUAAUCGAACUAAGUCCCAUUGAAGUGGCCAUAGAUGAAAUGCAAUCAAAGGUUUCAGAGCUGGAGGAGAUUAUCUUGCCGCCAGCCGAUGUGAAGAAGUUGCAACUACGUUUACAGGGUAGUGUGGCUGUGACAGUAAAUGCAGGUCCUUUGGCCUAUGCUCAUGCCUUCCUCGAUGCCAAGGUCAUCAAGAAUUUCUCAAUCGAUCGUGUUGGCGAUCUAAAAGAUGUUUUUCGCGAUUUCAUUGGGGUCUGUCACAAGGCUUUGUGUGUUAAUGAACGCAUGAUUUGUGCCGACCAAAAGGAAUAUCAUUUGGCUUUGAAGGAAAACUAUGAGAAAUUGUGCCAGGCCCUUAGUGAGUUACUUGACGAUGCAUCCUUCCAGCCGUUUAGCAACGACGAUGCCGACAGCAUAGCUCAACGUAAUAGCAUGGCCUUGUUUAAUGCUAUCAGUGGCGCCUCCAAUAACUCAAGAUUGUAUUUUGCAGAGCAAAAUACCAACAACUACCACUCCCACCCACACCACAUACCACAACACACACACACAACCAGUCUUAAGUGACCAGUUCCAAAUAAUAAACGAAAAACGAAAACCUGUUAAUUUGUAAAUCUUCUAAAAUAAACCUUAAUUACCAUAAUUAUUUAAUCUUUAAGACUUAAGAAACUUAUGGUAUAAUUAAUUGUUGUUAGAUUUUUAUGUUGCACAAUUUAUUUGAUUUUUAAUUUAAAUUUUUUUAUGAUUUAUUGAUUUAUACAUUUGAUUUUUAACUAAAUCAAAUCCUAACACUUACUUCCUGUGUGUCUUCUACUUUUUGUGAAACUUUAAUCAAAUUAUUUAGUUUUAAAUGUUAGUUAUCAAGAACUAUAAACUAUUUAGAGAUUUAAGUUACAAAACUUACCAAAGUAUUCGAUAUAUAACAGAACAUGAAUAUAUAUUUACAUGCAUUUUCUAGUGAAAUCCUAAACUAAAUAAAUGUUUGAAACAGAUAA